AUGACGGAUCAAUCGGGCACCCACCAGCAAGCAGGUCCCGACCUCGUAGCUGCAAAUGCGGCAUUACUGGCAGAAAAUCAGCGAAUGGCCGAACUAUUGGCAACCUUGCAAAACAAAGGUGAAAGGAAAAACGUCGAUAGAGAAGCGAACACUGACCAGCAAAAUGAACACCAGUCAGAAUCCAACGCCAAAACAGAGGAAAAGACCCCAAAGAUCGGGAGAAGGCGAGCUAACCCCUUCUCUGAAGAGAUCAUGAGCUUCAAAAUCCCUCAGAACUUUAUGCUCCCUAUGACACUGGUACCUUACAAAGGGAUCGGAGAUCCUAAGAUUCAUGUGACUAAAUUUGAGUCCAUGAUGUUCCUCAAUAGCGAUUCCGAUCCCAUAUUAUGUCGUUCCUUUCCCACCUUUUUAGACGGUGCUGCUCUGUUGUGGUUUUCCAAUUUGCCUGCAGGUUCAAUAACAAGUUUCGACGACUUCUCCAAACUCUUCAUCAACCAGUUCGCAGCCUCCAAGAUUUACGUAAGAGACUCAGACUAUCUCAGCACCAUCAAACAAGGACCGCACGAGAGCUUGAAGGACUAUAUGACUCGCUUCACAACAGCAGCCAUGGAGAUUCCCGACCUCAACCCGGAAGUUCAAUUACAUGCCAUAAAGAGUGGUCUGCGCCCGGGAAAAUUUCAAGAAGCAAUUGCGGUUGCAAAGCCAAAAACACUGGAGGAGUUUCGAGAAAAAGCGACCGGGCAAAUCGAAAUAGAAGAACUACGAGAAACUCGGAGGGGUGAACGGCAGCCGAACAAAAGAGACAAGGAUAGGACAAACACCAAGGAUUCAAAGAAGCCCUUCAGGCUGACGCCCAAAUACGACUCCUAUACCAGAUUCAAUACCAAAAGGGAAAACAUCCUUAAGGAAAUAUUACAUAACAAGUUGAUAAAACCACCGAGUAGAGCUGGCUCAUAUCAAGACCAGCGCUACGUAGACAAGUCCAAGCACUGCGCCUUUCACCAGAAGUUCGGCCACACAACCGAUGAAUGUGUGAUCGCAAAGGACCUCCUUGAAAGACUAGCAAGGCAAGGGCACCUAGACAAAUACAUCAGCAACAAAGCAAGGGGAACCUCCGACGACCCUCAUGACCGACGCCAGGAGCGAACGCAGCACACUUCGGAUAAAGCCAGGACCCUACCCCCACCAACAAGGGGGGUCAUCAACUGCAUCUCUGGGGGAUUCGCAAGCGGAGGAAGCACUGGUUCGGCGCGAAAGCGACGAUACAGGGAUAUGCUGACGCUCUAG